CAACUUGGCUAACAAAUUUAAAGGGACAAAGAACAAGAAGAUCCCAAAACACCCUGAGAACUCAUUGAAAGUGAUAACACCACUGGCAGGUUGGAAGUGAUGGAACAAAUUUGGCUCUUUAUCCUUUCUCUGUCAGGAGUCCUGUCACUAACUUUGUGCAACACACAUGACUACAUUCUAAUUAAAGAGUUAAAGACAUGGGGAGAUGCUCAAGCUUACUGCCGAAAGCACCAUGUUGAUCUGGCCACUGUUCAAAGUGAUGAAAACUUCCAAAGUCUGCAAAAAGAAGCAGAUAAAAAUCUAUUUUCUUUAAGUGCCUGGACUGGACUCUACAAUGACAUCAAUGGCUGGCGGUGGUCUUAUGAAGAUGAGAACAAAACAUUUGAUAACUGGUGGUCAGAACAGCCAAAUAACUAUGGUGCAGGACAGGAGUGUGUUGUUUUAAGAUCUGACGGACUUUGGAAUGACUUGUCCUGCAGUGAACUAAGAUUUUUUGUGUGUUAUGAUGAUCAGAGCAACAGUACAGACACAUAUGUUUUAGUUACUAAGGUAAAAACAUGGCUUGAAGCACAGACACACUGCAGAAAGCGUUAUACAGACCUGGUCACCAUUAGAAAUCAAACUGACAAUGACCUGUUAACAGAGAUGAUCCCAGUGAUUGCAGAUGCGGUCUGGAUUGGUUUAUUCAGGGACAAAUGGAAAUGGUCCGACCAGGCCAACUUUACAUCCUCAACUGAAGUGACUGUUCAACAUCUGAUUGGACCAAAUGAAGACUGUGCUUCUGUAGAUUAUACAGGUUACAUUGAGGACUACAUCUGCUCUAAAACUCUUUACUUCUAUUGUGACACUGUGAAGCUGAAAAGGCAGAUAGUGAGACUGGAGGUAAAAGCUGAUCAGAAAGUGAGUGAUGCUACAUUGAAGGCUCUCGUCUUACAACAGAUUCAUUCACUUUCCUGCACGUUUGGAAGAUGGCACGAUACACAGGUGAGGAACUCCUGGAUAAUGACGAAAAGUUCACAUUUUCCUCAGAAGAAGAGUGGGACUCCGAUGAACGUUUGCAUUUCGAAGAAUGACUUGAUCUAGCCGAGGAUACAAUUUCAGAUGAGAUUCAUAUCCCAAGGUUACCAGAGCCUGCCAGAUCCAGCUCCGUUCCUGCUUGGUGUCAGACUCCACUGUUACAUGUCGCUGAGAGAUGAUGACAAACUACAGCCGGUGCUAGCCAAACAUCACUUCAGUCUUUUGACUUCAGAGGAUGAACUGAUUCCAACUCCAUUGCCUGAACCUUGGACUUAGAAUGGCCCCACCGAACCUCACCGA